AUGGAGCUCUCUGAUUCGCUGCGGCGUGAGGUAGAGCAGGAGCGGGCGGCGGCUGACAGCGCCGCCCAUGCGAGCAUGGAUCUGAUUCGCCAGCUGCAACAGGACAAAGCUGCCGCCCAGCGCGCGGCCGGCAGUGCCGUCCAGAGAGAGAGGAUUUUGGAGCAGAAGGUGUUAUCUGAUAAAGAAGAGAUGGGAUUGAUGAGAGAGGUGCUAGAGAGGCAAGAGGAGGAAGUAGCAGUUCUGAGGGAAAUGUUGGAGCAGAAGCAGCAGGAAGUUAGGGUUUUAGAAGCUGAGCUGGCACUGUGGAGAGGACACGUGGCGCAAGCUGAUUCGCAGGGGGGGAAGGAGGGGGAGGAAGGUUUAGGGGAGGAACAUCGGCUUGUGGGUGAAGGGGAAGGGGAAGGAGCGGCGGUGUCCAUAUCAGCGAAACAUGGUGGAUCAAUCUCAGGCGAACAUACUUUUGAUACGGUUCAUACCUUUGAUAGUACGUCUCCAGAAUUAGGUGUAGAAGAACAGAUUCUUGAAACUUCUCAAGGAUCAGGCUUGGGGGGGGAAGGGAGUUUGGAAGAAGGGAUGGAAGGGGGAAGUUUGGGGGCGAUGGAAGAGGUGGAGGAGGGGCGUUUGGGGGUAGAAGCAGAGGAGAGUAGGAAUAGAGGGAGAGAGGAGGGAGAUUCGGAAAAGGAGGAAGAAAAAAGGGGGGAAGAGGAAAAGGAGGAAGAGGAAGAGGAGGAAGAGGAGGCAGAGGAAGAGGAACGUUUUGGGGAUGAAGAGAGGGAGGAAGAAGGGGGGGUGAUUUUUGGGGAUGGAGGGGAAGUGGAGUGA